GCCGGCCUAACGGAAUUAAACCCAGGGUUUUACGUAAGGAGGAAAUAAAGCAAGCACCGGCGAAGAUGUUUGUACGGAAAGCAGCGGUUAGUUUGCUAAGGGGAGUUCGCCUUCCUUCUCAUUCCAUCUCCGUUUCUGCUUCUGCUUCCCGACCAGCUAAGGCAACCGCCACUCCAUUGCCGUUUUCUCCUUCCAGCAAAAUAAAAUUCCCCUAUCAAAUUGGUUAUGGGAGCUCAUGGAGGAUGAACCGUGCUGAUCCUCCUAUGUGGAUUAUUCUGUCUGUACAAGCUGCUAUAAUUUUGGGUAUAAAUGUCAACCAUGUUUUAGCAGAAGAUGUGUCAACAAGUUCUGAAAGUGAUGAGCAAGGUGCUAAUAUUGUUGGAUUACGCAAAAUCGAGGAUGGCUCUGUGGUAUCCAAUAUACACACAUCUAAGUGGAGAGUUUUUACGGAUAAUGGGAGGGACUACUUUUUGCAGGGAAAACUAGAGGAAGCAGAAAAGUUCUUCCUUUCUGCACUCAAGGAAGCGAAAGAAGGAUUUGGGGAGAGGGAUUCCCAUGUUGCAUCUGCAUGCAACAAUUUGGCAGAGCUUUACAGAGUUAAAAAGGCAUUUGACAAGGCAGAACCUUUGUAUUUAGAGGCCAUCAACAUACUAGAGGAGGCAUUUGGCUCUGAAGAUAUACGUGUAGGAGUUGCCUUGCACAACCUGGGACAGUUCUAUCUUGUCCAGAGAAAACUGGAAGAAUCUCAGAUGUGCUAUGAGCGUGCUUUAAAGAUAAAGGGACGUGUUUUGGGACAUAGCAACAUAGAUUAUGCAGAUACGAUGUAUCACCUUGGCACGGUACUUUAUCUCCAAGGAAAAGUAAAAGACUCUGAGGCCCUUAUUCUGGAUUCUAUCAGAAUAUUAGAGGAAGGUGGUCAAGGGGAGUCAAUAGCAUGCAUCAGGAGAUUACGGUACCUGGGUCAGAUAUAUAUAAAAUCGAAUCGUUCUGCCGAAGCUGAAAAUGUACAGAGAAAGAUCCUUCAUAGUGUGGAAUUAUCUAAGGGAUGGAACUCAUUGGACACAGUAAUUGCUGCCGAAAGGUUGGCAUUAACAUUACAAUCAUCUGGGAGCUUAAAAGAAGCACAAGAACUUCUUGAAAGGUGUCUUGAUGCUCGGAAAACAUUACUUCCUGAAGAUCACCUCCAGAUCGGAGCCAACAUGCUUCAUAUUGCUAGGGUGGUAAUUAAUUCCAAUCAACAUAGGAGGAUGCAUGUUUCUGAUGCAAUUGCUGAGCUUGACAAGGCAAAAGGUCUUUUAAACAAUUCAAUAAGAAUAGCAUGGCAAGUUACUACUAAAUUGAAAAGACAAGAACGCAAGAAGCAAAGUUAUGGAGUUUCUGGAGAAACUGGGAGGGAUGGCCAUGCGGCACUGAUCAUACUGUUGCAGUCGCUUGAUGCAUUAGGGCUUUUGGAGAUUAGCCGUCAAGAAUUGCAGAAAUCAGGGGACAAGUCUUUAUCUUCUCCUGAGGCUAAGACUGCACAUUUUGAAUGCAUUUCUGCCUACAAAGAGUUUGCAACUGAAAGGUCAAUCAGUGAUUCUCCUGAAGAACCCAACUGCUACCUACCUCUCAGUUUUAUGUGGGGUCGAAUGCCCUUUUCUAUUGAAUGGUCCUAUUCAAUUCUGACAGCGGAGCAAAGGCCCAAAUUGGAUCACGAGAAAAAGAACACAAGCAGCUCCGAUGGAUUAGCACAGGUAAAAGCUGCUGCAUGGGCAUGGUACCAGCAUAGUUCUGGCUCGGAGGGGAAGCCCAUCCGAGAAUUCGACAUCACAAGAACAGAGCGAGCCUCCAGCUCCAGGCCUUCACGGUACAAGCUGGAAGCCAUGAGAAACAAUACACGCAAAGGGAAUCAUAGCAUGGAGAUGGAGGGAUCACCAUCACAAACACCUAGAUCCAGUCCAAGCAUCCAAAGCCAGAAUUCUCUCCUGGAUUCCUAUGAAACCGAAAGCAUUUCCAAGCGACUUAAUCAUCUCAUUGAGUUCGGUGGAAUCAAAUUUUACAAGGAGUUAUUAGGCAUAGAUGGUGAUUACCAUAAGAAUUUGUACACUGAUGGUGCUGGCAGUGGCAGUGAUAGGAAGAAAAAACCCAACAAGUACUUGAAAGGGUUUCUGCUAAGGCGUGCAGUGGUAUGUGGCAGAAGGCAAGACGUAGAUGACAGAGCAUUCAGGGAUGACCGGCGACGACCGGAAAAGCAGAUGGCCAACCCUAAGCCAGGGGGAGCAGCCCAUGGGUAUUGAGAAAUUUGCUUGCAGCGUCUAACCUUUUUGGGUGGUUCGGUCGUUGGCUACGUAUUUAAAUGUCUGCUGCUCAUACGUGUUCUUUUUGGGAAUUACAUGCAGCCUCUUCUUGAUAAACACAAAUGUCAAUAUACUCAAAUCUUGAUGUUUGAUUGGCUCAAACCCUGCAUGGAAAUUGUCUUUUAACAUGUCAACAUUUCAACAACAACCUCUUUAUUCUUUCAUACCAAAGGAAAAGUGAAAAUGUAAACACCUGGCUUUCAUAUGUUUCUUAUAUCUAUAUUAGGAUUUGUGUUCAUAGUUGCACAUGAUCAAGUCAAUGACAAAACAACCCCUCCUUUCAUUACUUGUCAAAAAAGUUUAACCAUUUGCUGAAAUUGAAAAGUUUUUUGUAAAAAAAAAAAAAAGGAAAAAAUGUUUAUGAAUAUAAAAUAUUUUACCAGUUAAUAAAAAUUGUAUAAAUCAAUAUUAAAUAACUUAGAUUUGAAAAGAGUGUAAAACAUUUUUCAUCUCUCGAUCUCUCUUUAUAAUAUUGAUAUUACUUUAAA